GGGGCUCCGGCCGCGCGGGGAACCGCGGGCCCAGACCUGGACGCCGCCCGCCGCGGGGGACCGCGGCCCCCACCUCCGCGGACUCCCGCGGAGCUUCAGACGAAACCCCAGUUCAGAAAUAGGUUGCCAGCGGCGGGUGAGGAGGCUUGGCCCCCACCCCGGACCUCCGCCGCCCCCGGGCCGCCGGCUGGUGGGAGCCAUGAGCCAGGUGCUGGGGAAGCCACAGCCCGAGGAGGAGGACGACGACGAGGAGGACGAGCUGGUGGGGCUCUCGGACUACGGGGACGGGCCCGGCUCCUCGGACGCCGACCCCGACAGCGGCGCGGAGGAGGGAGUUUUAGACUUCAGUGAUCCCUUCAGCACAGAGGUGAAGCCAAGAAUUUUGCUCAUGGGCCUGAGAAGAAGCGGCAAGUCAUCUAUUCAGAAAGUUGUCUUUCACAAAAUGUCUCCCAAUGAAACGCUGUUCUUGGAGAGCACAAACAAGAUCUGCCGGGAAGAUGUUUCCAACAGCUCCUUCGUGAACUUUCAAAUUUGGGACUUCCCAGGACAGAUUGACUUUUUUGACCCUACAUUUGACUAUGAGAUGAUCUUCCGGGGCACAGGAGCACUGAUAUUUGUCAUUGACUCCCAGGAUGACUACAUGGAGGCCCUUGCUCGACUCCACCUCACGGUGACCCGGGCCUACAAAGUGAACACCGACAUCAACUUUGAGGUGUUUAUUCAUAAAGUGGAUGGUCUGUCAGAUGAUCACAAAAUUGAAACCCAAAGAGAUAUUCAUCAGAGAGCAAAUGAUGACCUUGCAGAUGCUGGAUUAGAAAAAAUUCACCUCAGCUUUUAUCUGACAAGCAUAUAUGAUCAUUCAAUAUUUGAAGCUUUUAGCAAAGUGGUUCAGAAGUUGAUUCCUCAACUUCCUACCCUGGAGAACUUGCUAAACAUCUUUAUAUCAAAUUCUGGAAUUGAAAAGGCCUUUCUCUUUGAUGUGGUCAGUAAAAUUUAUAUUGCAACCGAUAGUACCCCCGUGGAUAUGCAAACGUAUGAGCUCUGCUGUGAUAUGAUAGAUGUGGUUAUUGACAUUUCUUGUAUUUAUGGUCUCAAAGAAGAUGGAGCAGGAACCCCCUAUGACAAGGAAUCAACAGCCAUUAUAAAGCUGAAUAAUACAACAGUUCUUUACUUAAAAGAGGUGACAAAAUUCCUGGCUCUUGUUUGCUUUGUCAGAGAGGAAAGCUUUGAAAGAAAAGGGCUAAUCGACUAUAAUUUUCAUUGCUUCCGGAAGGCCAUCCAUGAAGUUUUUGAGGUGAGAAUGAAAGUGGUGAAAUCGCGAAAGGUUCAGAAUCGUCUGCAGAAAAAAAAAGGAGCUACACCCAAUGGCACCCCUAGAGUGCUGCUGUAGGUGAGGUUCCAGUACCGUCUCCUGAAAUCAGACCUGUCAGUGAGGCUGCUACACUGUGUUGCACUAAAGGAAGAAGGAAAAAGGAGAUUGGGACACAUGCCAUGGAUUUGUUCUUCAAAAAAAAGAAUCCUGCAACCUUCUUGGUCAUCUGUUUUUUUCAAUAAAGUAAGCACUUUGAAGCAAAAACUUGUAUAUUAACAAUGACGUGAAAUCCACUGUAAUUUCAUUACACAAUUGUAAAAUCUUAUGAUCUGUCGCCAGAAAAAUCCUGUGUAAGAACUGCCAGGAACUGUAUAUAUUUUGCACUUUUUCAUGUUUUUUUCUCAUUGAAUGAAAACUUUGAUAAACGAAUUUUCUAAGCUUUUUUCUGUACUUGGUGUUCAGGACAUGCAUAUUAUAUAGUCUACUCAAUAUGGCAAUCAGAAAAUUAAUCAAAAAGAGAAUGCAUUGGCAAUGACUUUUUAUAAAUUUGGGAAUCUUUGCUACCAGUUGUUGAGAAAAAAUCAUUUUUCAGUGGAGUUGGAACAGACUGGAGCAUCAAGCUCCAGGAGCAAUAAAAACGCCCUCAUUUAUCACUGGUGUAAAUGGCAGUUUUGUAGAGUAAUAAUAGCACCAAACUUACCUAAAAAAUUUCUGUAUCCGUGGCAGUGCUUCCCUACUCAACAGUUUUUACAAAACUCUUUACCUCAACACACAUCUCUAUAAUCGUUUUCUACAGAGGUUAUUUCUUUCUGCUGCAUUACUGUUCUUUAGAAUCUUUGGGACCAGACUUCCAAAAUAGUGCCGGUCACUGGAGAAAAAUUAGAACGUUGCUGAAUUUCAGAUUUCUGGAGACUUUCCUGUAUCUGUCAGUUGGGGUUAAAGUAAUAUCAGAGGUAACAUGGUUUCUAAAAUAUAUGUGAUUGGCAACUGCAGAUUUGAAAAUGCAUACAUGAUUCUAUGUUUGGCUGCUGUGUAGAGUGGACCUGUUUUUGUACAACAUUUAAAAUAUUCACUUAGCACCAGAUUUUCUUAUUGCUCCAUGACCACAGAGAAUGUCUCAGGUCUCAACCACAGAGCUUAAUCAUGGUGGGCAUGUUUGUCACCUAUGAGUCUCCUCAUCAGUGACAGUUUGUCUCAUGGACUUUGCUUGUUUCCACCUUAUGUUUGAGCUGGAGCUCAGCUUGCCAGCAGCACACUCUGCACAGCAGAAAAGACCUGCUAAAAGCCCCUGAUCAGUGGGGAGUGGGUGGCCAGGGAAGAUAAUACAGUUAGCUGUGUAUUUGUUUCUGUAAAUCUUCCCUCUUGUGUUUACUGUAAAUGAUCAGGAAGUCCUAAAUCAACCGCACACCAAACCAUUCCAAGCAGAAAAUUCUAUGUCCAUCCUAAGGAUCAGCACCCUAAAGCAUAUCUGUGCAUGUUAAGGAAAAAAAGUCUUUUUUUAAGCAGAGCCUCAUUGGGACACCAAAGUAGGUCUUAGCAAAAUUGAUCAACUUCCUAAAACAACUCGUCCUGUCCUUGAACCUAUCCCACUGCUAUCUGUGGCUUCUCUACCCUCUCCUCUCCCUGAGGAUUUCUUUGAGGUUUGUAACUGCAGUUUUAGAUAGUAGCUGACUGAGUUGUAAGGUUUGAACCCUCUCAAGGUUCUAUGCAUUUUGGAAGGCGAAUUCUAAGUAACAUUAAGACACACUAAGUCCCUGCCUCAUGAUUCUCCUCAGAAACCUGGGAAGCAGGAACCCAGGGUUCUGAAGAAGUCUUUUCCCUAACUUUCAGACCUAUACCUUGUUAGACCUUUGGCAACAGGCUGGUACAUGUGAGUUAUUCUUAUAAGUCUAAUUCUCUAAUAUUUUUAGAUAAUGUUUCUUUUUGAAUAAGGAAAUACUCACUUUUCUAAUCUGACUUUAUCCUCAAGAUAGAGACACUUGUCUGUCUGGUAAACCACACAUCACUUAGGUAUAUAUAUUGUAAUUAGGUGGAGUUUCCAUUAGUAAGCUGGGUAUAUGAUGGGAUUUUGUUAAAUGUGCCUUAAAAGCCUAUUACUUCAAGAGCAAAUGGUUCUUUGGGGGAAAGGCAAGAGUUAAUUACAUGGCAUAGGACCUGAGUUUAUGGUCAUAAGUGCACUCUGAUUAAUCACACUCUAAUGCAUCGCAGACUGCCUCACACCUCUAAAUGUGGCAGUGCUCUCGGUGUUAAAGAGAAAUUAGGAGUUAUGUCUAACUGUUCAGUUUUGUUCAAGUUUGCUCUUGUAAUUGCAAAAUAAUUUCAAUUCUGUUUCCUUUUUAUUUUUGAUAUGGGACUUAGAUUACAAUAACAUGUAUGGCCACUUUUUGGCCGUAUGUCUAAUGCUACAAAUACAAAUCCUAAAUAUAUGGCUACAGUGACUGCUUUGGAACAAUUUGCUCAUUUUUAAAGGUUAAGAACUUGACUUGCAGGUUUCUUGGGCAGUUAGAACUAUAUGGAGGUGAGACUCUGAAUUAUCAUCUUUUGUUAUUUCCUGUGAUGUAGAUUGUAUGACCAGAGGAGAGUUUUUUGGGAGAAAUACAAAUAAGGCAAUGAUUGGCGCAAUGUUAUUUUGUGAAUAUAAUCUAUUUUGGACCCUUAAAUAUAAAAUGACUAAAAACACAGCAAUAUUGUUAUAUACGGGUUAUAUGUUAACUCUGUUCAAAACGUACUUCAGAAAAACAGCUGAACUGUUUUGACUAUUAAAGUGUGGUAUGCAUUCAACUUA